CUGCACCAUUGCUUCUUCAAAUAAAACAACAGAUGCCUCAGCUAAUGCCAGCACAACGUCACCAACAAACCAAACUGAUGCCUCAGCUAAUGCUAGCACAACGUCACCAACAAACCAAACUGAUGGAGCUAUCAAAGAUCUGUUAGACAAUUUGCAAGAGAUCAAAGUAAGGCUUUGGAGAGAUAAACGUGUCAACAAUUCUGCCAUUCUCGAAGUUAUCACCAAACAUCAGGAUCUUGUAUCCACUGAACUGUUACGUGAGAGCAACAAGAAAUUAUGUCUUGAUACUUUUGAAGAGUACUCUGCCAUCAUGUUCUACAUAGUUACCGAGGAUCCAGAAUUCGUGAAGAAUACGUCGCAGAAGGUUUUGAAGGUUGCUGAUAGCUGUCUCGACAAGAAAAACCAUGAAUUUUGGAAAAACUCUUCAAUAAUCGCAUCGAUGCCCGACUUCAUGGCGAACUUACAAGAGGUCUUCGUUAAUAUGACUGAAGGAAAACUUUCAUACAGAAUUGAUUAUACCCUUGAAACGAAAAAAGUUCUCGCUGUGGUUAAAAGAAAAAGUAUUACAGCAGAUGGGAAGGAUAUCAGAAUCCCCGACUAUGGCGCUGUAAAAGAUGUCUCUAGGAGUAUUGAUACUAACUUUCUGCAGAUUCCUAGCGCAGCAAUACAAAGUGCCAGAGGAAAUUACACAUAUUACACAUAUGUAUUCCUGAUGUAUAAAGACGUGGGAAGUGGAAUGCCUAAGUCCCUCCCAAGUGAAACCGAAGAACAAUUGAAUGUUUCCUCAUCUGUGAUGUCUUGUUACCUUGCACUUGAUGAUGAGCCUGUUCACGAUCUUCCUUCUCCGGCUAUUCUGUCUUUCAAAACUCCGUCCGCCGAAGGCCGUCCAAGGAGGUGCUCUUUUUGGAAUGAAAGUUUCUGGUCGACGAAUGGCGUCAAAGAGUUAGAGUCACGUUCAAACUCCUCGAGUACCGUGUGCCAAACCGAACAUUUUACCAGUUUCGCGGUUCUCAUGCAACACACAAAAGUGGAGCUUUCCAAGGAGGAUCACCUCGCUCUAAGCAUCAUAACCUAUGUAGGCUGUGGAGUCUCGACGGGAGCCUUGAUCAUCACCAUUAUUGUAUUCCUGAGUGUCGAAUCCUUGUCAUCGGAACGACACAAAAUUCAUACAAACCUCGUGGUGUCACUUCUCCUCGCUAACGUCCUCUUUUUGGCUGGAAUAGAUGAAACGUCCAGUCCGGUACUGUGUAAAGUAGUUGCGGUGUCAAUGCACUACUUCUUCCUGACUGCGUUCACCUGGAUGCUUGUGGAAGGCUUACAUUUGUACCUGAAAGUUGUACAAGUAUUCAGAACAGAGAAUAUCAAGAUAGCUUACUAUUAUGUGUUUGGAUGGGGUUUCUCUGUGCUUCCAGUUGCCAUCACAUUUACUAUCAAGCCAAACAGUUAUGGUAGCAGCGAAAUCUGUUGGCUCUCCAUUGGGGAUGGAACCAUCUGGGCCUUUGCUGGACCUGUUGUUGCUAUAAUUGCGGUCAAUACAUUCGUCUUAAUAAUGGUGAUCAAAACUGUUGUCUCUUCUGUGUCCGCUGUGAAAAGCUCCGGCCACGCCGAUAUAAAAGCUGGAAUCAAGGGACUGUUUGUGCUGAUGCCCCUUCUUGGUGUAGGCUGGAUUCUUGGACUCUUUGCUUUGAACGAUGGCACCAAGGUUUUCAGUUAUGCAUUUGCUAUCGUCAAUGGAUUUCAGGGCUUACUGAUUUUCUUGCUGCACUGUGUUUUUAACAGUGAGGUCCGCCAAGCUUUUCGCCGACAGAAAGAGAAACAUUCCCUCACAAAGGAGAACCUGUCUCAGUAUAAUGCGUCCUUCUCACUCUCGCAGUCAGACUCUGAAAGCAGGAAAACCUCGAACUUCAGCAAUUUUGAUAAACUCAAAGGGACACUUUCCUUCAAACGCAAGAGCUCAGCCAGAGUAGUUCAAGUUCAGCCUACUAACGACAAUCACGACGGUACUGACAAUUCGUUCCAAGUGAAACGAACCUUCCAUGAGAGGAAUAGACUGAGUGUGACAUGAGAAGAAAACAAAAUGUCUUCUUUAAACUGCCCCAUGGAUUCAGAAAGAGAAGUCUCGCCCAAAAAUCAGCAGGCAGCAGCCAACAAAAGAAGGAAGCACAGUCGCCCCUAAUGACCCGCCUGAGCAGUCCACAUUUACUGAUGUAUUCAUUACUUCAUUGUCAAACAGAAGUAUGAGGAACAAGAGUUCCAUACAGUUUUAAACUAUCUUUGAUUCACGGAGAAUAAAAUAAACUAUGAUAAGUAGAAUGUCGUCAUUAAUUUUAAAGAACUGGGGUCGCAAGGAAAGAAAUUCUUACUGAAAUGGUAAGAAGAACAUGCGUGGUUCAUCAUGAUUCUUCUUGUGUAAAUUUUCUUUUAUCAAUUUGGAUAUUGUGUUCCUUACCUGAUGAUUUUUGACUCAUAACAGCGAACAAUUUAGUUCGCACAAAUUUGUUAAUAGUUUAGUUUUAAGUUGGCAUAAGGGUUCAUGGUGGUGAACAGGAUAUGAGAAAGUCUGCGUUCUCGCACUAAACAGCCUGUACUUAAUUUGACGAAACGAUUUUGGCGACUAGCGAUUUCACUUGAAUCGUAAAGUAAAAAAAAAGUAAUCAAUGAUUUAUACGAGACAAAGAUGAAUACUGGUAUGAAUGCAGUUUCUUUACCUUAGCGACAAAAAACACGACGAAGUAAUAAACAAUGUAAAGUUUAUACGAGAGUUAAAAAUAAAAAAGUCUCAAUAAAAA